AUGCAGACUGUUUCUACAAACAUUUAUAAAAGAAUGACUCGCUCUCAGGAGCUCAGUGAAUUCAAGUGUGGUAACAUGAUAGGUUGCCACCUGUGCAAUAAGUCCAUCUGUGAAAUUUCCUUGCUACUAAAUAUUCCAUGGUCAACUGUUAGUGGUAUUAUAACAAAUUGGAAACAACAGCAACUCAGCCACGAAGUGAGCGGGGUCAGCCCAUGUUUUAGCGCACAGUGAGCAGAAGUUGCCAACUGUCUUCAGAGUCAAUAGCUAAAGACCCCCAAACUCCAUGUGGCCUUCAGAUUAGCACAACAACAGUGCAUAGAAAGCUUCAUAGAAUGGGUUUCCAUGGCUGA